AUGUUUAAAUGGUAUUUCCAUCAUAUAUUGAUAUUUAGUUCUUUGAGAAUAAAUAAAUAUGUUGUGAAUUGUAUUGGGAGUGAAUACUUAUUUUGCUCUUUAGAGAUCUAUUUAAAUUAAGAAGGAACAACUUAAGAUGAGUCCCUUUUAUUACCAUAAUAUUUUUCAUUUGAUAAUUUGGAGAUUUAUGUUUGCCAAAAUUGCAUUUAAACAAAUUUAGAGAGCAUUUACGUUAAAGUUAUAGAUUUUUCUUUACAAUCUUUCUCUUUAGGCUUUUAAAAUUUUUAAGUUAUUAGUCUUAUAUAAAAGAAAAGUCAUAAAGGAUUCUUUUUAUUAAUGAUAUUUACCAACGAAAUUUUAGUUUGA